GAAUGGAUUGUCUGUGUAUAGUCACCACGAAGAAAUAUCGUUACCAAGAUGAAGACACUCCGCCCUUGGAGCACAGUCCAGCGCACUUACCCAAUCAGAUGAAGGGACCAGAACUUGUUCACGUUUCAGAGAAGAAUCUCUCUCAAAUUGAGAAUGUUCAUGGCUACGUUUCACACUCACACAUCUCGCCGAUGAAGGCUAGUUCACCUCCAGUGAUAGUGAACACAGACAAUCUAGAUGCACCACCUUAUAUCAAUGGCACCGAUGGGGAGAUUGAGUAUGAAGAGAUUACACUGGAGAGAGGGAAUUCCGGUCUUGGAUUCAGUAUCGCUGGAGGGACGGAUAACCCGCACAUUGGAGAUGAUCCCAGCAUCUUCAUCACAAAGAUAAUCCCUGGAGGAGCCGCAGCCCAGGACGGCAGGCUGAGAGUGAAUGACAGCAUUCUGUUUGUCAAUGAUGUGGAUGUAAGGGAAGUGACUCACAGCACAGCCGUCGAGGCUCUGAAGGAAGCUGGCUCCAUUGUCCGCCUGUAUGUGAUGAGAAGGAAACCCACUGCAGAAAAGCUCAUGGAGAUUAAACUGAUCAAAGGACCAAAAGGACUUGGAUUCAGCAUAGCAGGUGGAAUUGGGAAUCAGCACAUUCCCGGAGACAACAGCAUAUACGUCACAAAGAUCAUUGAAGGUGGAGCAGCUCACAAAGACGGCCGCCUACAGAUAGGAGACAAGAUCCUGGCUGUGAAUAAUGUUGGUCUGGAGGAUGUGAUGCAUGAAGAUGCAGUGGCUGCUUUGAAGAACACAUCGGACGUUGUGUACCUCAAGAUCGCCAAACCCACCAGCCUCUAUAUCAAUGAUACCUACGCACCGCCAGACAUCACCACCUCUUACUCACAGCACCUGGACAGUGAGAUGGGCCAUUCGAAUUACCUGGCGACAGAUUACACACAGACUCUCACUCCUACCUCUCCACGCAGAUACUCACCUAUUCCAAAAGGCUUGAUGGGAGAGGACGACAUUCCCAGGGAGCCACGGAGAGUGAUCAUACAUCGGGGAUCGACAGGACUAGGAUUUAACAUUGUGGGCGGUGAGGACGGAGAAGGAAUUUUCAUCUCCUUCAUCUUGGCUGGUGGCCCAGCAGAUCUGAGUGGAGAGCUCAGGAAAGGAGAUCAAAUACUCUCGGUAAAUGGAGUGGAUUUACGGAAUGCUACACAUGAGCAGGCAGCUGCUGCCCUGAAGAAUGCUGGACAAACAGUCACCAUUAUUGCUCAGUAUAAACCUGAAGAGUAUAGCCGCUUUGAGGCAAAAAUCCAUGAUCUGCGGGAGCAGUUAAUGAACAGCAGCAUUGGGUCUGGGACCAGCUCACUGAGGAGUAACCACAAGCGAGUCUUCUACAUCAGAGCUCUGUUCGACUAUGACAAGACAAAGGAUUGUGGGUUCCUCAGCCAAGCUCUCAGCUUCCGGUUUGGAGACAUCUUGCACGUGAUUGAUGCCUCAGACGAGGAAUGGUGGCAGGCUAGGAAGGUCCACUCAGACGGAGAGAGCGAAGAGAUCGGCUUUAUCCCCAGCAAGAGGAGGGUUGAAAGAAAAGAGUGGCCACGAUUAAAGAGCAAGGAAAGGGAAAUCCCAGGUCUCGGUGAUGGUGGAGGCUCUCAAGGGAGCCGUGAUGAGCGUGUGUUGAGCUAUGAGGCAGUUCUACAAAUGGAAGUGCAUUAUGCUCGUCCAAUUAUCAUUUUGGGGCCCACCAAGGACAGAGUGAACGAUGACUUGCUGUCCGAGUUCCCGGACAAGUUUGGAUCUUGUGUUCCACGUGAUCGAUGCCCCUUCAGACAGCCUCUUGAUAUUUGCAUUAUGCCCGGUCAUAGCCCCAACACGAGUCCACACGCACCAGAAUCAGAGAGCUGGCCCUCCUACCAUGAGAACCGUUACUCAGGUCAUGAAUGA